AUGUCAACUUAUGAGUCAAAAGCAUAUGCAGCUUUAGGACCAUCACAAAAUUUAGUACCACACAAGUAUGAGGUAAAAUCAUAUGGACCAAAUGAGGCCAAAAUCAAGGUAUUAUAUUGUGGAAUUUGUCAUAGUGAUGUUCACCAAGUGAAAAACGAAUGGUUUCCAGGAAUAUUCCCAAUGGUUCCAGGUCAUGAAAUUAUUGGUAUUGUCGAAGAAAUUGGAGAAAAUGUUACAAAAUUCAAGGUGGGAGAUUGUGUGGGGAUCGGUUGUAUUGUUGAUUCUUGUUUAAGCUGCAAUGCUUGUAAAGAUGGUUUUGAACAAUUUUGUCCAGAUCUUUCAUACACUUACAAUGGCCGCUACAAGAACGGAAUGAAUACUUACGGAGGAUAUGGUACCUAUGUUACUUGCAAUGAGCACUUUUUACUCAAAAUUCCAGAGAACUUAGAUAAAGCGGCUGCAGCUCCACUACUUUGUGCUGGAGUUACUGUUUAUUCUCCAAUGAUUAGAAAUAAAAUGAAUAGACCAGGAUUCAAAUUGGCUGUAGUAGGAUUAGGAGGUCUAGGUCAUAUGGCAUUAAAGUUUGGAGUAAGCUUUGGGUGUGAAGUUACUGUAAUUACUCGUUCAGAAAGCAAAAGAGAAUGUGCUAUUGCUAUGGGAGCUAAAAAUUUUAUCAGAUUUGACGAUUUAGAAACACUUGAGAAAUUUAAUGGUUACUUUGAUGGAAUUAUUGAUACUGUUUCCGGAAAAAGGUCCGUAGAGAUCUUAUUGAAAUUACUUUCUUAUCAUGGAACUAUGGCAUGUGUUGGAGCCCCCCCAACUGGAGAUAAAUCAGAGUUUAAUUCCUUUUCACUCAUAUUCGGAGAAAAAACAAUUACAGGUGGAAAUAUUGGAAGUAUUGAAACUACUCAGCAAAUGCUUAACUACUGUGGAGAGCACAAUAUCACGUCUAGUAUUCAACUUAUUAAGUUAAACCAAGUAAACGAAGCCUAUGAAAGAAUGCUUAGAAGCGAUGUUAAGUUUAGAUUUGUGAUUGAUAUCGCUAACUCUCAAGAUCAAGUUUAA